CUUCUCCCAAGUUUUACUCCAUCUUCUCUAGUUCCUUGUCUCUUUUUUCGUCUAAAGCCAUGGCUUUCUCACCUUCCUCAACCUCUUAUCCUUAUCUUUCAGACCCAUUGUCGUCUUUUCUCUCAGCACUUCAACCUGGCUUUCCUGAACCUUCAUCUUCACACUCAUCGUCGUCCGCCAUUCCUAUACAUUUAGAUGGUAGUGGCCCCCAAGCUUCAAAGGAGGUUGCCUGCAACACACAGCCUGAUAUCCUCUCUGAAAAGUUAACAAGAAAGAGCGUACAUUUGAGCAAAGAAUCCCAAGAGUUACUUGAUCCACUUAGCAGCAUUAAGGACGAUAAUACGAGUGUGAUAAUCAACGAGAAUAUACGGGCUUCCGAGUUUUCCAACCUUCUAGGAGAUAACUCUUGUGCAGUAUUGAGUUAUACAACAUCGCAGCAAAGCGCAUUCCUGACAUCGUUAGGUCCACUACUCUGGGAGGCUGACCGACUAGAGCGGUUACUCGGCCUAAACGACCAAGAUAUCGCUGUAACUGGAAGUCCUUCCGCCCAUCAACAGCAACAGCAAAAACAAUCACUACCACAACAGCCACUACAACGAGAGCAACAAAACCUAAAUUCUAUUAUACCGCCAUUCUCCAUCUGGAAGGCGGAGAGCAAGAAACUCAGUAUUAAAGAGGAGUUUGUUCACCCUGGAUUCUAUUUUCUUUCUAAUAAUGAUCAAGCUGAGGGUCAAUCUUCGAAACCAUUGGCUUGUAGUCCCACGUUUCUUAAGAUGCCUCGGAAACGAUCAUUACGAGAGGAUGGGGCCUCUAGCUCCUCUGUAUACAGUCCUGAAGGGUUAGGUAUGAGCAGCAGACACGACCUUUCAAAGCCUGCAACUGUGCUCACAACAGCUGGCAUAUCAACGCCGCUGCAACCUUGGCCACCAAAGACGCUAUCGAUGCCCACAGCGUUUUCUCAUACUAUGAAUCCUAGCACCAGCAGCCAUCUAGUCACGUCUCUCGUGCAACAGCAACAGCAGCAAGGAGUAUACUCGGAUAUCUCCUCGACUCACCCGUAUAUGGUUGCAUUCUCAUCUCCCCUAAGAACUAGUUUACACAGUGACAGCCGUAACCACAGCCAUAGCCACAGCCAUAGCCACAGCCAGAACCAGAAGUAUCUCUCGCCUUCCAUGCAGAAUGGGGAAUCUGUCGAUUACCAGCAAUCCCCCACUAUAACAGCAACAGCUAACAUGAUCGCUGCACAGGAAUACCCUCCAUCCAGCGCUCCUCAAUCGCAACCACAAUCACGCAAAAGACGCACCUCAAAGCUCAAAGCGGAAUCAUGCUCAAGAUCCAUGUCCACGUACAACCAAAUGUUAUACAAAUAUUCUUCACACUUUCCUCUAAGUGGCAUUCCUCCUCCACUACAACAGCAGCAUCAAUCAACUCAUGACUUCCUAUACCAACAAUGUUCUCAUCCCUAUCUAAUACAGAGCCACCCACAACAGCAACAGCGGUCAUACUCAUUUUCUCCGGGCAGCACUCCAGAGCCUACAAAAGCCAGCAAUAGCCAGAGAGUAGCUCCACAGUGUCGUCGUAAUCCCGGUGAAGUUCCAGCAAGCACGCUCCCACCAGACCUCCAUGAAGUGUUGCUGAGCCUUGCCCAGAAUGCUAGCAAUAACUGUGGUACUGGCAGUCAUCCUGCUACCACUCGCAGCAACGCUGAGACCAGUCGGACGAUCGCGAAGAGGCAAUCCGAGCCUGCAAUAAGCUACAGCCAUAUUUGUCCUCACAGCAAUGACUGUUCUCACUUACAAAACCUUAGUCAUAGUCAUACACGAUCUCUAGUGGCAGCUGCAUCUCCACUGCCUACUCCUCCUGCCAUACCUUCGCUAGCUGGUAACCGAAACGAUAUUACAUCUGCCGUAUUCAAGACUCAGGAUAAAGCAAUAUCGAGCUCUGAUGUAGCCUUGAAGGCGAAAACAGGUACAGAGGUUGCAGCGUCAGAGCCAGGGGUAGGAGCGAGUAUAAAUACAACUGUUGUAGGACAAUCGAAAUCAAUACCUUUAGAUAAUACUCUCAAUGAUAAUAACGGUAAUAAUGAUAAACAGGACCUGCAUGUCGCAGCUACCUUUGUUCAGAGCCUAAGCACAGUGACGACGUUGGAUCCUACGGCAUCCAAGCUCAUUGACCAACUUUUACUGCAGGACUACCUGCGCACUGCAGCACCUGCGAUCGUUGCUUCAACUGCGACAGACCUUGCUCGCUGUAGCAGCCAUCAUGCCAAACCUCGUUUGCCUUCACCCUCACCUUCACUAUCACCUGUGCACUUGCACCCAACUUUGAAACCAUCAAUUUCAUCUUCGACCAUAUCCCCAUCUACUUCUUUGCUGUGUUGA